CUAGUGUGUUAGUUAGGGUCAAAGACUUGCCUCGAAGUCGCACGUUGCACUCUGCUGAGAACACACUACCACCAGAAUAGCCACUGUAGUUUGCGGUCAUCAACGCCAAGGAUGCCAUGUUUUUCGGAGCAAAUUUUUUCAAAGUGAUCUGGGAAAGACACUGGCUGGACACAUAUGGAAGUGAUGGAAGUGAUGGAGGGGAUGGAGAUAAUAGAGAUAAUGAAGGUGAAGGAAGCGGUAGAGGUGGGGAUAAGAGAAGGAAAGACAUUAUCUCCCACUGCGAUAUAAGUAGGCCCAAAUGCUUCGACAAGAAUGUCUACGAAAGUCGUAUGGAGCUCACUGAAGCCCGUUCUGGUUGGUUCAACAGUACUCUCACCCUGCACCAGCCUGGCGCAAGAAACAGACAGGAUGUUUAUCAAUGUGUUAUCCGGGACGAACGAUCCAUGGAAGAACAAGUGGUCAGUUCUUGCAGGCUGAAUAUGUACGCGAUGCCAAAAGAGGCCAGCUGUACAGCAAAGAUCAAAGAUUCCGGCCAAUCCUCUAAAAAGCUGCCACUUGUGGAGGUGACCUGCACUACCCAAAGAAUAUAUCCCGGUGUUAUUCACUGCGAGCUUCUGCGGAGGCGGAAGUUUGGCCGCCACAGAGAAGACUUCAAGAAAGUCUCAGCUCACAUCAAUUAUACGGUGGCCACGAAAAAAUCCCGCAAACACGACUCCCUGUACUCCCGAGCAAAAUGCCAAACUACUUCCCGCAUCCGCCUACCCGGAAUCUAUGACUUCCAAAUGAAUAUGUAUCCGGUUCCUGUCGGGGAGAGGUCCGGCAAAGGUAUCCAGCCUGUGGUAAGCAAAGCCUCAAACACAGUUAAUAUCAUUUUCUCCAACCCAACAGUGAGACUCGAGCAGUUUCCUCUGUUGAGCUUCUGCCCUGAUCAUAAGAAGUCAAGCUGGACGAUCAACUUCAUGUGUUCGGCGAUGGGUUUGGAAAGCGAGCCAAAAUUCGAAUGGUUGGCCCAAUAUGUGCAGAGAGGGUCAGAAUUGAUUCGUUUCAAAGCAGAAAACGAGACUGUGACGAGACAGGACCUUGUCUUCCAAACACGAGUAGAAUUUCCGUCUCCUGAUUUGGCAACGUUAACAAGAGUUGUCUGCCAGGUACGCGAUGUUUCUGGCAGACUUAUCAAUAAAGCUUCCAUCAAAGUGAGGAGGGAGUUGCCAGUUAAAUCGCCGCCCAGACUGGCCACAAACAACCUUCAAACAAUAAGGGCAAAAUAUUUUAUUGGGGCGUCCAUAUCUUUCAGAGAAAGUGAUGACGUGGUCCUCGAAUGCGACUCAGCAGGUGGUAGUUUGGACUCCAUAAUGAGGACAUCUGUGCGUUGUCAGAGGGAACCAAACCCUAUUGGCGAAAACUCAACCACUAGAGCUUGGGCUGAACACGGCGUUGGUUCUGGGUAUGAAAUAAUUGGCCGCCAUGUUGAUGCGUCCAGGUCUGAAGCCUACGCCGUGUUCGUGAAGGGAGACAACAACAACGUCCCGCCCUCCUGCGUGAGCACAUGUUGGGUCAGACAAGACGGGUUUUGCUUCAGCGACAUACCAAAUGUAACGGUCCAUGCGGUCGCUCUGAGUCGCCUCGAACGUGACCACUGGCAACAUAGCUUGGUUAAAGCAGUGUUUACUACGGAAAAUGCAGGCCAUACGCCGCGUAACAAACUUCAAACACACGAGAGUUGGGCUGAGAUUAUUACAACAGAAAGCACACCCCAGUUUCGGAAGACUGCAGUCCCGGCAAAUUCUGAAAGCGCCAGCACCAAGAACCUCUCAAACGUCCACGUCAUCAUUAUUACGGUGGUGAUCUCGGCUGUUGUGGUAAUUAUUCUCGCCGUUUUUGUACUACUCUGCUGUAGAAAAUGUCAAAAGACGUAUGACGAUAAAGAAGGUCGUAAACCCUGCAAUCAGGAUUAUGUACCUCAAGGCGAUGAGGAUUAUGAGCCGGUGCAGACUCCACUGUCUGUACUUCCGAACAGAACCUCUAAUCUUGUUAGACGGAUCCUACCUUAUAAGAUAACCGAACUUCUAGUUAGGGAUAUCAGAGCAGUCGUAAGAGCUGAAUCGGAACCUUUCAUCAUCCAACAGAAGCCACGGGGCUUUGAUUCGGAAAAUUCUACGGUCAGUGACACAAGUACCUUGGAGUCCUCAAGUGAAACAAGCGACAUCGACAGCGCACAAACGGAGGCCAGUCGGCCUUUGGUUGGAAAAAUGAUGAUACGGCGCCAUAGUCAAUAGAAAGGCGAAAUAGUAGUAGUAGUAGUAGUAGUAGUAGUAGUAGCAGUAGCAGUAGUAGUAGUAGUAGUAGUAGCAGUAGCAGUA